AAGGAAUUCUCUCGAAUAUCUCUGUCUCCCACACCUCCUCCCGAACCCCCGCCGAUGGAUCCUAACCUUCCUCCUCCACCGCCACCCCCCAAUAUCCCAACCAUCAUCCAAAUUGCUACCGGCCCUUCUUCAAUCCCCCAACAACCACCGGUUAGCCAUCCUAGUCUUACCUCAAAUCUACCUCCUAAAUCCUUCAAAGACACACUGGUGCAGGGAAGUGCUUCGAUUGAGCCCCCUUUGGUCACUUAUGAGGAAUUGGUGGCCGCAAACCUUGAUUUGGAAACCCCAUCCCCUAUGGCAGUAGAUGGAUCCAGUCCUCCUUAACCAAAGGUCCCCAAAGUUAGAAUCCCUAAAUCUAUAUGGGAAAGACUCUGUGCCCCUUGGAGAAAUGCUGU